GGUUUCUGGCUGCAGAGCCUAGGCUGUAGAGAGAAAGUAGAGGACAGCCCACCACAUAUGCAUUCUGCUUCCCGGGCACCUUCCUGGCUCCAGGGGCUCCCUCCCUCCACCAGCAGAGCCCUGCGUGUCUCUCCACACGCGGGGGGCUGUCUGGGGCACAGGAACAAGUGUUGCUCUGGUGACAAGGUUCUUGAGCUGGGGAAGCCCCCUCCACACCAGCUGGUGCCCAGGAGCACUGCAGGCUGAGCACUGCCCCUGGGGCCAGGCUGUUAGCUCUGACCCUUCACCUGUUGUGCCAGGGCAGAGAUGAGUUCUGCCAAGGCCAUCUCUUCUGAGGGCACGGAGAUACAUGGCCUCAGGACCUCAGGGGUGAGGCAAAGAAGGGGAGGGUCAUAUGAAUAAAGGAGAACUCUCUGGCCUGAGAAUCAGGAAAUCUAGGACCUGGCCCUGGCUCUGUGUGACCUUGGGCAAGUCACCUCACCUUGCUGGGCCUCGGUUUCCCCACAUGCACUAUGAAAGGUUUGGAUUAAAUGAUCCUAAGGAGAACUAUGCAGCUGGGAUUCGGUAUCUGGUUAGUGGGAGGAAGGAUGGAGGAGCCUCACCUAUGAACCUGGGCAAACAUGUAUGCAGGCUGGCAGACUCCUGGGGACAAUGUCUUAGCCCCUUACCCGUGCCUUCAGCAAGGACUUGCCCUGCAGCAACCUAAGGCACCAGGGAAAGGAGUCUCUCCUGACACAUGCAUCUUUGGUAGGGGACCAUGGAGUGGGGGGGAGUCUCCUCGGCCCCCUGAGGACCCCACACAAUGCCUCCUGGUGUUUAUGAUCAGGAAGGUUUUUUCUAGGGCUCAAUCUUAUAGAUUUGGGAGAAUUUCCUGUAUCUUCCUCCCCAUCAUCGUCAGAGAGCUUGAAGUUGGCUAUCAAAUCCUGCUCCUUCCCCCAUUCACCUUCUCUUUGAAUCUCUUUCCCUGCGGUGAUCUUUAUGGUCCUGUAUUAGAGGUCCAGGUGGCGGGUAGUGGUGCUGGUCGGAGUACCUCAGCUGAGCCUCUUUUAAUCUUUGGAUUGCAUCUAUUAAACCAAAGCCUUAUCACUCGCUGGCUGGAGAAAAAAGCUGGAAAGCCAAGCCCCAUCCCUCCACAUACCCCCACUGCUGCCUUCUCUUCUUGGAGAGUACAGAAUCUGAGGGGUUGGUCUCCCCUCAGGAGGUGGGAACCACCUGCCCCCUCAAAGACGGUGGGCCAGAAAGAGAGAGAUGUAGCAGACAGAGAAAGAGAGGAAAAGAUGAGGGGAGGUGGGGAGGGGUACGUAUAGGGGGCUGAGAGUAGAAGAGGUGGAGGGAGGGAGAAAAAAAAUCUUUCAAACCAAGCAAAGGAGUGGGAUGAGGGACCCGCUGAGGAAGGAGGAGAAGAAACAGCUGGACAUCAGGAAAAAGAGAAGUCUGAUUGGCUACACGCCUGCCUUGGCUGGCUCCCCUGCCUUCCCCAGGCGACAGUCUACCCAGACCCCUCCUUGGGUCAUGACUUCUCCAUCAGAGUCCCCACCUCUCUGGAAGCUGUGAGCCUCCAUUUGGAACCAAAAGAGUCUCCAGGGGUAAGGUUCAAGGCUUUGAGGGGUUAGGCCCAUUGGUAUGCAAAUGAGGGAGAGUGCUUGUGGGGAGGAGAGCACAGGGGUGCAGUGAGGUGGGGUGUCUGGGUUGAGACAGGGGAUUGAGGUUGGAGGGAGGCAGUAAACUGUCUUAGGGCUUUUGCUUUAAGAUUUUUUUGAUUAUAUAAUUUGGUUUGGAGUAACGUAUGGGAGGUAAGAUGAAGAGACACCUCUUGCUAGGAUGGGGGCUUACCCCAUUGCCCAGCAAAAACUAAGAAAGGGAGCGUGCUCGCUUUGGCAGCACACAUACUAAAAUUGGAACGCUACAGAGAAGAUUAGCAUGGCCCGUGCACAAGGGUGACACGCAAAUUCGUGAAGCUUUCCAUAUAUAUAUAUAUAUAUAUUGCUGCAUUGAGUCUUUGUUGCUGCUCACAGACUUUCUCUAGUUGCGGUGAGCAGGGGCUGCUCUUCGUUGAGGUGCGCGGGCUUCUCAUUGUGGUGGCUUCUCUUGUUGCGGAGCAUGGGCUCUAGGUGUGCGGGCUUCAGUAGUUGCAGCACGCUGGCUCAGCAGUUGUGGCACACGGGCCUAGUUGCUCCGCGGCAUGUGGGAUCUUCCGGGACCAGGGCUCGAACCCGUGUCCCCUGCUUUGGCAGGCGGAUUUUUAUUUAUUUAUUUAUUUUGCGGUACGCGGGCCUCUCACUGUUGUGGCCUCUCCCGCUGCGGAGCAACAGGCUCCGGACGCGCAGGCUCAGCGGCCAUGGCUCACGGGCCUAGCCACUCCGCGGCAUGUGGGAUCCUCCUGGACCGGGGCACGAACCCGCGUCCCCUGCAUCGGCAGGCAGAUUCCCAACCACUGCGCCACCAGGGAAGCCCGGCAGGCGGAUUCUUAACCACUGUGCCACCAGGGGAGCCCCAUAUUUUUUAUAAUUGAGUCACUUUGCUGUACAGCAGAGAUUGGCACAACAUUGUAAAUCAACUAUACUUCAGUUUUUAAAAAUGAAGAAAAAAAGAGGGAGAGUCUACUAGAGACUUGUGUAGCCAGCUUUGGGGAGAGCUGCAUUAUCAGAAAUACACUGGGUACCUCACAUCCACACUGCACACGUUCCUUGACCCAUCUGUGCAUAUGUGGAUGAACAUUUGAAUUCACCUGUACACAGAAACCUAAGGAACUUUCCGAGUGUGUACAACCAAACACAAAGAGCUCUUUUGUUUCCAUAAUCAUUUGUUUCUAAAAAGCUGCAUUUAUAAAUAGAUUUUAAAACUAACAUGCUUUUUUACACUGUAAUCAAUUUUUAAGCCUAUGUUCUCUAAAUGGACUAGUCAUUCCUGGAACUAGGCAUGCCUUAUUUAUUUCUGUGCCCCCAGAGACAAAUCCAGUGCCUGGGACUAUUAAGAUAUCUCAUAAAUGUUUGUCAAGCAAAGGCAUGAAUGAAUGAAUGAUCUUUUUAAAAACCACAGGAUUCCUUAAUGGUGAAGUUUCUCUGAAUCUAGUUUAGUGGCUAAUGGUUGUACUCUGAGUGGGUGGCUGUAUAAGAGAGAACAUCUGUGUAAAUUCACAAGUGUGUGCCUAGUUAGUAGGGAGGUAUGUAGACAAGGGGACAUGCAUGAGUGUGUGUGUGUUAAGUAAAUGAGCCUUUGCCAGGUGCCUGCACAUUCCUGCGUGAGUGAAUAUCAGUGUGUGGAUGAGCAUGUGAAGAGACUGAAGUGGCGAGCAGUGAGGGGGGCUGGCAGGAGAUAUCCCCCUAGAUGUAGCCCCAGCCUUGAAGGAGCCUGCACAUGCAAUGAAGGCACUAAGUGUGUGACAAAUGGCUUAAGAGUCUGCAAGUGUGGGGGUGGGAAGUGGGGUGAGUUUGUGAGCUGUUCCCCCAGGACUGGAUACCUAAGUGAUUCGGCCCCAUUCUCAUCCCAUCCCCCACCUGCCAGGACUUCCAUGAAGCUCCUGGCCUUACUCAGCCUGCUGGCCCUGAUGCUGCAGGAAGCAAGGACAGCAUCUCUCCCAAAGACGGAGAGGGAGAGGGAAGGAGACCAGCCGCACGGAGAAGGCAAUUCUUAUGCAGUUCUGCAACUGGGGGACUAUGUCCUGAGCCUAGACAACUACGAUCAAGUCAUUGACCUGAGCAACUAUGAUGAACUCACAGACUACAGGGACCAGCUCCCCAAGGUUAAAGGGACCAGCCUGGCUUCUCCAACCAGGACAAGUUUCACUCAGAGCACAAGGGCUCCAAGGACACCCCCUUCAAACCCCACAAUGGCCAGGCCUACGACGCGGGGCCUGCUGGUUUCCCUGACCAGCCAUGGGCCAGGCCUGCCAACCUGUCUGAUCUGCGUGUGCCUUGGUUCCUCUGUGUACUGUGAUGAUGCUGACCUAGAGAACAUCCCUCCUCUUCCCCAGACAACCGCUUACCUGUACGCCCGCUUCAACCGCAUCCGUCAUAUUCGGGCUGGAGACUUCAAAGGGCUGACAAAACUGAAGAGGAUUGACCUCUCUAGCAAUUUCAUCUCCUCCAUCGAUGACGAUGCCCUCCUCCUGCUGCCUGCUCUGCAGGAUCUGAUCCUCCCUGAGAACAAGCUGGCAGCGCUACCUGUGCUGCCCACUGGCAUUGAGGUCCUGGACAUCCGCCUGAACCAGCUCCAGAGCUCAGGGAUACAGCCUGAAGCCUUCAGGGCGCUGGAGAAGCUGCAGUUCCUCUACCUGGCCGAUAACCUGCUGGACUCCAUCCCCAGGUCCCUGCCCCUAAGCCUGCGCUCACUACACCUGCAGAAUAACAUGAUAGAGACCAUGCAGAGGGACACCUUCUGUGACCCUGAGAGGCACAAGCACACGCGGAGGCAGCUGGAAGACAUCCGCCUGGACGGCAAUCCCAUCAACCUGAACCUCUUCCCCAGUGCCUACUUCUGCCUGCCUCGGCUCCCCACAGGCCGCUUCACCUAGCUCACCCCUUCCACUGCUCCCAAGUAAGAGCCCUUGGAGGACCACCAAGGGCACGGGCCUCCUGGGCCACAGGGCCUGAUCCCUGUCAGUGGUGUUUCAUCCCGGCACUAAUCAUCCUCAAGAUGCAAUUGCAAAACUCCACACACACCCCUCCCCCAACGCACACACGGAAAUGUCCUCCAGGAGCCAGAUUUGUAUUUCUCCAUCCUCUUUCCUGAACACCUUAUGGCGCCCGGCUCAGAGAAUAGCGACGUCUGCAGCAAAACUCUUUCCCAUAUCCCCCAUCCCUCCUACCCAUACAGAAUGCCAAGAAAAUCAUGUAAGAGGAAGAGGAGGAACAGAAAGAGAAGGAGGAAGUGGGGAGAAGCAGUGGCGUGCUGGAGCCAGCUCUUACUACUAGGCUCGCAAUAACUGAUCAUUAAAAUUUUCCAGAAUUUUGUAAACCAGUUGUUAAAUACAGCCAUUAUUAAAAACUAAAUUAUAUAAACUCACAAUUAGAUAUGUUGAAAACAAAUGUAAUAAAUACUCAAACUCAUCACUUCCCAAUUACUUUACUAUGUUUUACUAUUAAUCAUGUUCUUGAACUUACUUACGUCCACG